AUUUUGGCUGGCAUCAAAUGGUGCCGCUGAUCCAGUCGCAGUGAUUGGCUUCCCUGCCAGUUAGGCAGCUGCGCAAAUCAGGAAUGGCAAAAGGCCCACGCGUACCAUCACCGGAGGGUUCCACCACUAAGGCUGACUGCGUGCGUGCGCCAUGAGGAGAAGAAAUCAUCCCAGCGACCAGUUUCUUCGGGGUUUUUCCCUCCUUUGUCCACUUCUCCUCUAUUUAUCUUAUCCGGUCCCUCCUCCAUAAUGCAGAACUUUCUCUCUUCUCGCACGGCUUGAUUUUUGCCUCCCAACAAUCUUCCCUCCCACCCUAUAUGCAUUCUUCCAGUUGAGAUGAACCUCCACCAGGUGCAAUGGCACCUUGCUCGAGCGGCCAUGCUGAUGGCCGCUCUGUGCCUCGUCCUCUACCUCUACGCAAACCGCAAUGGCGCCUCUACGGCCAAUGACGGCCUGGUGGUCGACGAUGUCAAAGCCGUGGUUCCUGCCCUCUCCGCCUGCGACGAUUUCGACCCCGCCACCGUAUCGCUUGACCUCCACGGUACCUUGAACGCCAAAGCCCCAAUCAAUGGCAGCGCAGUCGACGACUUUGUGUGCUCGAUAGUGAAGCACAACAUGAAACAAACCGCCCAUCUCGAUUGUCCUCUCAACAUCAGCCUCCGUUAUGAUAGCCUCCGCGUGCAACCGAGCUGGGGUAGCGCCAACCCCAAGGUCAAAUACUUCUUCGCCCUCGACCUAUACCAAGCCGCCCACAUUCUUAUGCCCCUGAUGGGCGCGAUUCUGGAUACCAUGCGUUUCAUUGGGCCUCAGUACUGUGCUCUCUCCAUCGUCGAAGGUCGAUCCACCGAUGGCACGUACGAUAUUCUUGUCGCUCUGGAACGCGAGCUCGCUGCGAUGGGCGUGCGAUACUUUCUGGGAACAAACGAUCUGAACCCCAAGGCGGAGGGCGAGGAUCGCAUCAAGGACCUGGCCAUUCUGCGCAAUCAAGCGAUUGCCCCGCUGGUCGCUGCCGGCACGGGCAAGUUCAGCCCGUACGCCGCCGAUACGCUGAUUGUCUUCGUUAACGAUAUCGUCCUGUGCACGGAGGACCUUCUUGAGCUGAUCUACCAACAUCAGAAUCAAGAUGCGCAGAUGACCUGCGCAUUCGACUGGAACGCGGGCGGUGGCUCCUUCUACGACUCCUGGGUGUCCCGUUCGAUGUCUGGUAACCUCUUCUUUGAGAUUACCCACGACGCGCGGUACUGGAUCGCCAAGGAUAUGUUCUUUGAUGACAACUACAAUGCGGAGCGCUAUGGGCGAGGUCUCCCCGUGCAGGUCUACUCAUGCUGGGGCGGCAUGGUGACCCUCAACGCGGCGCCGUUUGUGCAGAAAUCCGUCACGUUCCGCAGCUCCGAACCAGGCGAGUGCUACAUGGGGGAGCCCAUGACGCUGGCCAAGGACCUCUGGAGAGCGGGCUUGGGCAAGAUUCAGGCUGUGUCCAGCAUCAAUGUCGCCUACGAGUACAAGUCGGCCCGCGAGGCCAAGGAGACCUACAAAUAUGUGCACCAGAUCAUUCGACGGGAGAAGUACACGAAGGGGCCGGAACUGAUCGAGUGGCAGCCGGAGCCACCGCCGCGGGUCAAGUGCAUGCCCUGGUUCAAUAACCAAUAUUGGGUCGACCCGAUGUAAAUAGUAUCUGUGAUACCAAGCGUAUAUAUCUUUUUUCUGCAUGUUCAGCUCCGUGUGAUUUUUACGGCCACAACCAGGGCUUGCUACUGGCGCAGUAAUGAACUUUGUGCUAGUUGCUGCUCUGAAUUAUAGAAUUAUAUACAAGAAAUCUGACUUUACCUUGCUUGUUCA